GCUGCAACAUGGCCAAUACCAAUUCAAGGGCUGAGAAUGUCGACGAAACCAAAACUGCACCGGCGAUAAAUGCAGGGCUCUACACCGACUCGCACCUUUUCACGCAAACCAUGAACCGCAAGAUUCUAGACUUGUUCCAGAUGUCGUUUGGAAGAAGACCCACCGCCAGCCAACAGUUCAUCGACUUGGGUUGCGGGCCCGGUGACAGCACCCGCGAAGAUCUGUUACCGCGCUGCCAGCCUUGCCGGAGGAUUGUGGCCACUGACAUCUCUCGACAAAUGAUCGAAUACGCCGAGAAGCACUUCGCACAUCCGCAGAUCGCGUACGAGGUACACGACGUAGAGAGUGACAUCUCGGGACUCGUUCAGAAGUACGGCAAGUUCGAGCGUGUCUACUCUUUCAUGGCACUCAACUGGGCACGGGACACAACUGCUGCAUAUCGAAACGUUGCCGGCCUUAUGACCGAUGACGGCGAGUGCUUGCUGGUGGUCGCGGCUCGCGUGAUUUUAUACAGGGUAUGGAGGAGGAUCGUGGAGUUGGAUCGGUGGAAAAAGUACAAGAAGAUUGUUGAGAGGUCCUUUCCGCCCACCCAGGACAUGGAAGACAGGUCGAGUCUUCUCUCGUACAUGCACAGCGUUCUCGCCAGUGCCAACCUCAAGCCAUACACGUGCGAAGUGCUUUCCAUAAACGCAUGUCUUGAUAAACUGCAACCGCUCAUCGAAGCCAGUUUGCCCGUAAUGCCCAUUCUGCCAUUGCUGUCAGAUGAUCUAAAGCUGGAAUUCAAAAGUGACGUCGCAAACGUUGUCCGCACGUUCCAAGAUGAAAAUCCGGCCGGAGGACCACAACGCCGCAUGGAUAUCUUCAUUGUUCACGCCAGAAAAAUUUAAAACAAAAGCGUGAAAUUUUUUUUUUAAUUUGUCUAAUAACUGUUUA